CUGUGAACUGGUGACAUGAUAAUCUCACUUAAACUGAGGUCCUGCACUUGGAGGAUUUAUGGUUACUCCACACAUGAACUUGUGAGACUUCCAGUGCACUAUCAUUCUUUGGUUCAGUAGGUGGAGCCCGUCUUCCCCAUUAGAAUAAAGUAAACAGAUCCAACCCAAUUAUAAGUGGGAAAAAGUAUGUGCCUUCUGUCAUCGAGGGCUGCAGAGAGCGGUGACUGUCUUGGAGAACUCGGGUGCAGCGACAAGAAACACCAGAGCAUGAGUUCUAAGUCAAAAUCCAUAGGGAUCGUCGGAGCUCCUUUCUCAAAGGGACAGCCACGAGGAGGAGUGGAAGAAGGCCCUAAGGUAUUGAGAAAAGCUGGCCUACUUGAGAAACUUAAAGAACAAGAAUGUGAUGUAAAAGAUUAUGGGGACCUGCCCUUUGCUGAUGUCCCUAAUGACAGUCCAUUUCAAAUUGUGAAGAACCCAAGGUCGGUGGGGAAAGCGAACGAGCAGCUGGCUGGCGUGGUGGCGGAGGUCAAGAAGAAUGGAAGGAUCAGCGUGGUGCUGGGUGGAGACCACAGCUUGGCGAUUGGAAGCAUCUCUGGCCAUGCCAAGGUCCACCCGGAUCUCUGUGUCAUCUGGGUGGAUGCUCACACCGACAUCAACACUCCACAGACAACCACAAGUGGGAACUUGCAUGGACAACCUGUGUCUUUUCUCCUGAAGGAACUAAAGGGAAAGAUCCCUGAUGUACCAGGAUUAUCCUGGGUGACACCCUGCAUAUCUGCCAAAGAUAUUGUGUAUAUCGGCCUGAGAGAUGUGGACCCAGGGGAACACUACCUUUUGAAAACUCUGGGCAUUAAAUACUUCUCCAUGACUGAAGUAGACAAACUGGGAAUUAGCAAGGUGAUGGAAGAAACACUCAGCUACUUACUAGGAAGAAAGAAAAGGCCAAUUCACCUGAGCUUUGACGUGGACGGACUGGACCCAUCUGUCACACCAGCCACUGGCACACCAGUCCCCGGAGGGCUCACCUACAGAGAAGGUCUCUACAUUACAGAAGAAAUUUACAAAACAGGACUGCUGUCGGGAUUAGAUAUAAUGGAAGUGAACCCAUCUCUGGGGAAGACACCGGAAGAAGUAACUCAGACAGUCAACACAGCGGUAGCAGUAACCUUGGCUUGUUUCGGCACUGCUCGGGAGGGCAGUCAUAAGCCUAUUGACUACCUUAACCCACCUAAGUAAAUGUGGAAACAUCAUACACAAAUCUCCCAGCUAAUAACAGGAUGACCGAAUCUAGAAAUUUACUUAAGCUUAUGGUUAUCUUCUUACAGAUCUGGUAUUUCAGAAAAAUGUUUUGCCUUAGGAAAUAGGUGUCCAAUUAGUAUAAACUGCAUCAAUUCCUUCUUGGUGUGAAAGACUUGGACAUUCAAAUUUUUGUCAACUUAAAAAGCUUAUAUUUUGGCAAAAGAUUUAUAGAAAGAGAAGUAUACAUUAACUU